AUGAGAUAUAGCCAACCCCUCCUAGCCAUUUCCGGCAUUAUUGCCUCAGCAGCGUCCACAACCACCUCGUUUCCUGCCAAUUUCACCCUAAUCUCCACACUUGAUAACUCAGUACUGACUACCGAUGGUUGGGGUAUCUACGACAGCACCACAGGAACUACAUUGACGUUAUCUCCCUACAGAGACGGUACCAUCGGCUACGGGCCCUACGGUCAGGCACUGGCCGUGCUCGCCGAUCAGACCUCAGUUGCUUGGAUCAUCCAACUCCAGGCCGAGCCCGAGGCUGACGACACGGUGACAGGUUGGGGGGUCUCGGAUGAUGGGUUCUUAGUGCUGAACGGAGAGCAGCUGUGGGCGUUUAAUGAGAGCGCCGCAGAGCCAAGAAGGCUGUAUUGGGUCGGCGACGGAAAUGAGCAGGGGCUAGUCAGUACACAGCUAUUUGUGCAAAGUGCGGUGUAA